GCGCACUCACUCCACAUGCCGCAAGCGCUCGGUGCGCACGAGGACUUUCGCGCUUUAGUCGUCCCACUUUCCCUCAAAACCUGCAGAGAAGAAACACGGGACGUUUGUGGAUCCAAAUAAUUUAGAAGGCGACUUUGAAAGGAUUUGGGUUGUCUUCACGAAGUAGUUGCUGAAAGCAGUGAGUUAUCUAUCCGACGGCUCCUUGUGGACAUGCGCAUGCGCUGGAAGAAAGUGGAUUUAAAACACCUUCGGCACUGUACUGCUCUGUUCAUGAAACUUACGCCGUGAAGGGCCUCUUCUUGGCCUCGGACCAUCACAGCUGAUGGAAGUCUUGGAGGAGUAUCCUUACAAUGAUAGCUUCCUCAAAAAUAGCUUCAGCAGCCUCAACACUACAGAUGGAGGCAGAAGACAUCAGUACAACUAUUAUGCCAUGCUACUCACACUGCUCAUUUUCGUCAUCGUGUUCGGAAAUGUGCUCGUGUGCAUGGCCGUGUCCAGAGAGAAAGCUCUACAGACCACGACCAACUACCUGAUCGUGAGCUUGGCUGUCGCUGACCUGCUGGUGGCGACUCUGGUUAUGCCUUGGGUGGUGUAUCUUGAGGUGGUGGGAGAAUGGAGAUUUAGCACAAUCCACUGUGACAUCUUUGUCACGCUUGAUGUUAUGAUGUGCACAGCAAGCAUCCUUAAUCUUUGUGCCAUUAGCAUUGAUAGGUAUACAGCAGUUGCCAUGCCAAUGUUGUAUAAUACUCGCUACAGCUCCAAGAGGAGAGUCACAGUGAUGAUCUCAGUAGUGUGGAUACUGUCCUUUGCCAUUUCAUGCCCCCUGCUGUUUGGACUCAACAACACAGAGAGCCAUGAUGAAGCGCUGUGUGUAAUCGCGAACCCCGCCUUUGUAGUCUACUCUUCUGUCGUGUCCUUCUACGUCCCAUUCAUCAUCACCCUGCUCGUGUACGUGCAGAUCUACGUAGUGCUACGGAGACGGCGUAAACGUGUCAGCACAAAGCGCACCUACCCAAGCAGCAACAUGGACAUGGGCACGUUGAAGAAAUGCACUCACCCUGAUGAUGUGAAGCUGUGCACAGUCGCCGUGAAGUCCAAUGGGAAUUUCCCAGUUAAUAACAAAAAUCUUUUCGUAAAGGACGUGACCAACAAUGAAAAUGAAAGCCAAAUAGAGGAAAUCACAAACCUCAAUCCUCCAAACCAGAGGACACUCGAUCAGACAGGCGAGAGUCAGCAUGGGCUUUUGCUUGGUUCGAACCACACUGAAAUAGAUAUAGCCUCCAAACCUGAGCUCAAGCCAGCACGGAACGGAAAGACUUACGACGCCUCCAAGAAGGCUAAAGUGUUUGAGACACAGGUGUCUCCCAGUGGCAAAAUGCAGACAUCUGUCAAGUCCUUCAGCAAGCGCAAAAUCUCUCAGCAGAAAGAGAAGAAAGCUACUCAGAUGUUGGCCAUUGUACUCGGUGUGUUCAUUAUAUGCUGGCUGCCGUUCUUCAUCACACACAUAGUGAACACGUACUGUCACGUCCCUGCAGAACUCUACACAGCUUUUACCUGGCUCGGUUACGUCAACAGCGCCGUGAACCCCAUCAUAUACACCACCUUCAAUAUUGAAUUCCGCAAGGCUUUCAUUAAGAUCCUGCACUGCUGAGAGCUGGACUUAUCCGGAGGUGAAGAAAGACACAGCUCAUCCACAUGCAGCGUGCAUUCCUGAAGACUGUUUUAAAAAGGGGACUGAAGGAGACUAUUGGAAACGACGCCGAUGUACUGUAUAUAUGAAGUUCAGGACGUAUUAUUAACCUGAGCAAUUUUACAUGUUUCAUCUCAUGCAACAAUAAGGGUGAUUGCUACAGAGGUUUCUUUCAGUAUAAGCUUGACAGUAUUACUUCUGGGUUUUUUUACACAAUGAAGGUUAAAUGAAGCAUCAUUUAGAUUAUAAUAUCGCAGUCUUCAUAGUGGUGGUGUAAUAUGCAGCAGCAGUAAGAACAUUUUCAUGCACUAAUGCAAGAUCCUCAGCUGACAACCAAUUCUAUAUUUACAUGUGUAUAUAAAAGUAAUAUGCACAACAACAAAAAGCUUUUUUGAAAAUAAUAUUGAGGAAAUGAUUUCAUUAUUGAUGAUUUAGUCUCCAAAGUGACUCCAUGAGAAAUUUGUUCUAAGUGCAUUUUGGUCAGAGUUAAAUUGAACAAAAUGAUAAGAAAAGGUACAAAGGGGUAACCGCAAACCAUAACAUGGUGUACAGCUUGUGAGAGAAAAAUGCCACUCAACCCAAUCAAACCAGUUUGCAAAAAUUGUGCAGUUUUAUUGUACGGUAUUGUUUAUACAUGCAUACAUACUGUAUAUGUGUAUACACACACACACACACACACACACACUCACAUACACACCGAUCAGGUAUAACAUUCUGAGCAGUGCCAGGUGGAGUGAAUCUCCUCAUCAUGGCACCUUUUAGUAGGGCAAGCGUAAGGAUUUGAGCGAGUUCGACAACGGCUAAAUUGUGAUGGCUAGACCACUGGAUCAGAACAUCUCCAAAACUGCAGCUCUUGUGGGGUGUUCCCGGUCUGCAGUGGUCAGUAUCUAUCAAAAGUGGUCCAAGGAAGUGUUGAACCAGCAACAGGGUCAUGAGCGGCCAAGGUUCAUUGAUGCACGUAGGGAGCGAAAGUUGGCCCGUGUGAUCCGAUCCAACAGAUGAGCUACUGUUGCUCAAAUUGCUGAAGUUAAUACUGGUUCUGAUAGAAAGGUGUCAGAACACACAGUGCAUGACCGGUCAGGGUUGUUUUGGCAGCAACUAGGGGGACCAACACAAUAUUAGGCAGGUGGUUAUAAUGUUAUGCCCAAUCGGUGUGUAUAUAUAAAUAUAUAUAAAUGUGUGUGUGUGUGUGUGUAUCUUACUACUGUAAGAUGCUAUUUUGAGAACAUCUGUUGAAUGUGAAAAGCUUGGUUUGAAGAAAAUACAGCAUGUUCUUUUCACACGUACUUUAAUAAAAGCAGAUACAUUUACGUUCUGCAGAAAAAAAAAUCAGGAAUAAAUAAAAUGUUCUAACAUAAUAUAAUAAAAUAUGAUAAAAAAAUAAAUCUUCUAGGAGCUGUUUAUUUUAUUCAGUGCCAAACGUGAAAUACAUGGGAUUUUAAUUUUCAAAAAAGGCAAAGGAGACCUUCAGAGUAUCUGAAGUGGAAAUGAUAAUAAUGCUAAUGUCACAACAUGUUUAAACAAAAACUAGAACAGUUUUAGUUUUUAUAUCCAACAGUAUCAUGAAUCUGGCUGAAACCAACAGAAAUGAAAGUGGACCAUUUUUUCCUUGUAGCCUUCCUCAGCUCACUUGGAUGUUUCCCUCGGCUGAGACUGGUUCCUGCGGGCGAUGUCUAAACAAAAUGCCGUGAAGCAGCUUGAUGUGCAUGUGUGCUUUGGAUAGCACGGUGUCAUUAGCCUCAUAGCAACCGUCUGUGCGCUGCGCCGGCUAGGGACCUGAGGCACUGUGUCCUUGCUUACAGCACUAGCACACACCAACUGAGAGUUUCAGAUUGCUUUGGUCUAACAGUCAGUCUAACACUGGAAAACGUCACACACCAGCCACUUUAUUAGGAACACAUGUACCCCUGCUCAUUCAUCCAAUCAUACGGCAUCACCGCAAUGCAUCAGAUCAUGCCGAUAUAAGUCAGUUUUAGUUAAUACAUCAGAAUAAGGGGGAAAAAAACAUUGCUCUCUGACCAGGGGAAUAUUUCAGAAACACUGGGAUUUCCUCCAGACACAUACAACAGUCUCUAACCUUUACACAGAACGGUGUGAAAAACUAACAUAAACAUGGCCUGGUCUUUUUCCAAUCUUCACCUGUCUUGUUUUGGAAAGCCUUUACACACACUGCAGCCUCAGCUUCCUGUUCUGAACCAAGUGAAACCCAGCUCUGUCUUCUGCUGCUGUAGUUCAUCCGUCGCAAUGUGUGUGAUACUUUUCUGCUCAAAAGUGGGAAAAACUGGUUGUUUGGGCUUCCGAGACCUUCCUGUCAAACCAGUCAAGUUUUUACUAGUGUAGAUACAGUGAGGUAAAAUAAACCCAGAGCGAUCCAUUAUUCCUUCUGAGACCUUGAGAAAAGAAAGGAAAAUUGCUACAACAAAUAUUUUUUAGUUUCUGUUUGUGUUUUCAGGUCUAUGGAAAGGUUUUUAUUUUGGCAGAAUGACAGGAUUUUGUGCAUCAACCACAGACAGGUAAGAGCAGAGUCCUCUGAGCAGGAUAAGAACUGAGUUCAGUUUUUGAUCCAGUACUAGGAGGUGAGCCGAAUAAAUAAAGGACUUCUGACAGCUUUCAACUUCAAACUGCAAGCAAGGGAACGGCAUUCACAAAGAAAGAUAACUUGUGUAUAGUUGCUCAUGCAUCAUACAGAAAACAAUUAAAAUUUGAGAGGCAGAGGACCUGAAAAUAUAGGGAACAUACAUCAGUCAUAACAUUGUGAGCAGUGAGAGGUGAAGUGAAUAAGACUGAUCUCCUCAUCAUGGCACCUGUUAGUGGGUGGGAUAUAUUAGAUAGCAAGUGAACAUUUUGUCCUCAAAGUUGAUGUGUUAGAAGCAGGAAAAAUGGACAAGCGUAAGGAUUUGAGCGAAUUUGACGA